AUGAAGGAGUGGCAGGCUGCAGCGCAGCAUAAGCUCGGCCACUCCCCUGUACCAAACCCGAGUCCCGAAAGACUCUAUGGAUUCACAGCCAUCUUCCGAACAUAUCUCGCGGCACUGGUUCAGGCAGCUUGUGCACCAUAUCCUGUUCCAAUACGACUCGGCAAUGUUUCAUUGUCAAACGGCCAGGUAGCGAGAGGCUUGGAACUGGCCGUUGGGGAACCCGAGCAAAAAUUUGCUUUCAUCCCGCAGAGUGGUCAGAAUGGCACGUUGUUGUACGGCACCAACGGUGUUUGUACUCUUCGCGGCUCUGACAAGUGGCCCAAGGAUGGCUGUACUUCCUUUCGAGGGGGUUCUUAUGAUUCACUCGCGUCCAAGACAAGCAAAGCGACAACACACGAUGCUACUCCCGAAGAUGACGGAUGGCCAGAUAUCAACCCUGUUGCUGAUACGAUGAAACUCAAUAGCAACCUUACGCUCGACAACUUCGCCAUGGGCAUAGCGUUGAGCGAUUGGGAUACCCAAGGCUAUAAAGCCAUGAUGGGACUCGGUCUAGGCUCGAACUCGACUAUACUGAGAGUCUUGAAGGAGUCAGGCAAGAUUGCCUCGCGAACGUGGAGUCUCUUUUGGGGUCGCGGCUUUGGGAUGUCCACUCAGCUGGAUGGUCAUCUUAUAUAUGGAGGCUACGACCGAGCAAAAGUUUCUGGAAAGCGAUAUACCCAGCCCCUAACACCCAACAUUGCUCAAUGCGAGUCACAGCUCGUGGUGACGGUCACGGACCUGACCAUGAACUUCGACAAUGGUACAGACGUCAGCAUUUUCCCGUCAAAGUCGAGCGCCAUCUCCACCUGCAUCAAUCCAACGAUUCCGGUAAUGAUGAGGAUGCCUCUGAAUCCUUACUUUUCUACCUUCCUCAAAUACACGGACAAUACCAUUGACAACAUGACUCGCUCUCUCGGUUAUCACUACUGGAACAUGAAAUACCUUCCCGACCAAAAGCCAUAUGACGGUGCCUUGACAAUAACGCUCUCAUCCGGCCUAAAAAUCCGUGUGGACCGUGACAACCUCGUCCUACCACACGUAUUACUCGAUGAGCAAACGGGAGAGAUGCUCGUGAACGCAACAGAAAAGGACAUGCUCUUCGACUCAAUGCAGCAAGUCAACGAAAACGACAUGGCACAGCUCGGCUGGCAGUUCCUUUCCGCCGCCUACCUACAAGUCAACCACGACACGUCCGAGUUCUCGCUCUGGCAGGCAAACCCCACGUGGAACCAAGACAUCGUGGCCCUAGACUCCGGCAACAACGACGUCGUCAACUUCUGUUCUUCCCAGUCCAACGACGGCAAUAAGACCGUGAACGGCGGUGGGGACGCGGGCGGCAGCGGUAACGACUCGUCGGCAAGCCCAAGCUUCUCCGGCCUCUCACGCGGGGCUAUCGCCGGAAUUGCCGUUGGCGGAACCGCAGCUAUAGCUAUCAUCGUCGGAGCUGUGCUAUGGUUUCUCAAGCGAAAGAGGUCGAGGGCCCCUUCAUUACCCUCGCCGGGCAUCGUGCAGAACACAGCGUGGACGCCAGUGCCUCCAGGCCAGGAUCUCCCUCCUAAGACACCACCGACGUGCGAACUGGACAAUGGGGACACUCGAACCAUGCGGCGGUACGAGAUGGCGGGUUAAAUAUUAAUGAUAGGCCGACGCAGUCGUGCCAGAAAUAAUCUUACAUGUUGAUGACGUUUGAGAGGAUGCUUUCUUCUAUGGAUAUAGAGCCUGUUUUGUAUUAUACCUUACUAUCACUCUGUAUUCUCUUAUACUCUAGCUUACCUCUUUAACAGAGCCAAGCCAGCAAUUUAUUAUCUGCGACAACCAGCGAAUAUAUGGUGCUCUACGGUGCGCCUUUAUCUUUUUGGUGCUUCCGUUUUGAAGAUAUCGAUGGCUUUCGAUGUUGGUUUUGUGG